AAAGAUUUGAAUUUCUUGUAACCCGGCGCUCAGCUACUCUGCAAUUAUUUAUCUAAAAACGGUUGUAUGUAUGUGCAAAUGUGCGUUAUACAAUUAAUUGAAGAGUGAAGCUUCUGAAUCUUCUGAUAACUAAAACUAUUUGAUUGUUCUGAUCAAAACGUAUGUUGAGCUAAAGGUUGAAGGUUGAGAUAUGGUAAUACAUACUUUGUUUUGAUAGUUUCGAGUGCAGCUCAAAUAAAAAAUAUAUUAAUUACUUGAUGUUAAUGAAGUAUUUUUUUCCUAUAGGUGAAAUGUACAUGGUGAACAUUUAUCAUAAAAUGAAGAGCAUUCGAUUAGAUUCUAAAUAAAAUACUUAUUAUAACAUCUAGUAAAAAUAUUAAAAGCAACUGAUUAAUCUACUGGAUGUUUGUUAUACACUUGCAUAAACUAAGUUUGGCUAAAUUAUCGCACAGUAAGUUUUCUUAUAAAUAAAUAAACACACAUCAAGGGGUUUUGAGUAAUACAUACAUAGUUUUUAAAUAAUGUAGGUAUCAUAUUCAUAUUUGACUCCUUGUUGUCUAAAUUAUUUUGAGUCACUGAAAAAGUACUUAAUAAAAAGAAUAGCAAUGGAAUUGGAAAUAUCAGUCAAAGAAGCCAGUAGUGGCCUUAAGUCUGUUCGUGUAACAGAACGAAAGAAAAAUGCAGAGCUUUUAAAAGAAUUUCUUACUAGAAAUGCAGUGCCUUCUCUGUUAACUGAUAAUACUAUCAAAAAGAAGGGAUAUACAUGGAACAAUCUUUUUGAUGACAUUAAUGAAUAUAUUCUAAAGGAAAUAGAAAAGUUUGAGACAUCAAAAACAUAUGAGAGCACAACAAGACCACUUUGUACUAGUUUAUUACAUCAAUGUAUGGCCGGCGCUAAUAAAGGUAAAGCUUAUAUAAAAACCGACAAGAUUGUAGAGAUUUGUCUGUACAUAAUAAGAGAUAGUAGAAUGGUGCGAGCUAUUGGAGACUGUUAUUUGAACUUGCUACUGAAACAUUUCCUGCCUUAUGAACACUAUUUGGACCAUGUCACACCAAAUACAUGGAAAGAACUUUUGGAUGUUUGUAUUGAUGCAUGUUCCUCAAAUGAUUACAAACUGGACAACUUCACAAAACUGAGACUUGUUCUACUUGUAAUGAAAAGUGGAAAGGAAAAUUGUCAGUUUGUGAAAUCACUUAUGGAAUCACUGCCUUCAUUAGAAGAGUACUUUUUGAACAUUUCAAAUGAUAAGAAAGUACAAGAUGUUGUUAUAGAAAUAUUAACACUGUUACUAGAAACGUUAUCUUGUGAAUAUCGGCUGACUAUGUGUCAAUUUACUGAAACUUUGAUGCCUUCAUUAUUGAAAUUUUAUGACCAAAACAAGGACCAAAAGAAAAAGAAUUUAUUUUUUUACUUUUUACACCUAACUAUUAUACUCCACCACCCAAUGGGUAGAACUAAGAAUGAAGAAGGAAGCCUUGCAAAUAACUGGGAGCUGUGGACAAAAUAUUUGAACAGUAUAAUGGAAAUAAUAUGUUCAGAAGUGAACUAUUUGCGGAAAAAUCGUAAAUUAAAUGAUAGAAUUUUUCAACUAUGUUCACAUUUUUAUAAUCUAUCAGCAUCAGUCCAUUAUCAGAUAUUUGAACUAUCUCAAAGGAGCGACAGCAAUGAGAAUGUAUCAAAAAGAUUAAAAAUGAGCAUUAACAAGAACAAAAGAUUUGGUGACCUUGUGAAUGAGUUACAACAAAAUCAUGUACCAUGGUUGGGAAUCAUACAUGUUUACGUAGAAAAGUAUGCCAACAGCUUAUCCAUGGACGAUUACCUAUUAUUGUUAAAUGCACUACAAGUACUUUUAACUAAUUACACCAGUAAUUUGGAAUGGAAUACAUUUGAGCAGUUGACUUGCUUGGUAUUGAAGAACUCUAAUCUAUUUAGCAACAAAAAUGCUGAAUUUAGAAAUGCUGCUGUGUCCUUAUGGAACUCAUGUGUGAGAAAUUGCACCGCUGUAACGCCGUCUCACAAAGCGAUUCAAGUGAUUAUGCAGUAUUUAAUACAUUCCAAUAUAUUAGAGUAUACUGACGCUCUGCACCUGAUAAAGCUGUACCUUUCAAACGACAUGCCAAUCACUAACAACAGUGUACAAACAUUAUGUGCUACCUUCUACAAAUUCUAUAGCAAAUGUAGUAUGGAUGACUUCAGAUGUAAAUGCUUAUCUUGGCUCACAGUAAAUGAAACUCCAUUUUCAUUCGUCCCAGAAAUAUCGGAAUUACUAUUUAGACUAGUCGCCAGCGAGAAUAUUUCAUUUCAUUCUAUUGAAGCUGCUGAAUCUGAAUCCGAUAAUUUACGUAAAAUACUCUACUAUAACACAGAAAAAUGUAUCUUAUUCAGUGAAUUUGAGAUACAAAAUUCAGUAAAAACUUUAGAAAAGGUCACAGAAUAUGAACAUAUUGGCACAGUUUGUGAAAUUGAGGUACAAGUGAACGAGUAUCUUAGAAGGGUUUUAGUAGCAAAUAAUACACGACAAUUACAAACAGAAACGGAUUUAAUAGAAUGUAUGAAGCUGAUUAAUAUAAGCUUACAAUACCUUGAGAAGCUCCUAAAAUACAACUUAAAAUCUCAAGAUCAAAUUGAAUGUAGUCAGUUGUCUGAUUUACUGACAACUGCUUUGACUAGAAUGAGCACGUCAUUGAAUAGCUUGUUGGGGAGUAACUCUCAGAUAUCGUGUAAAUUAAAACCUCUAGAGUUAUUAAGAGAAAUUCUGGUCACUGACUUUAAUUCUGUAUUAGCUAGGUUGGUACGUGCGAGUAUCGAUGCAGAUCUGUUCCAUACUAUCAAUAACAUAUUGAAUAUUGAAGUAAAAUUUGAUGAAUGCGACAUUAUUAUUGAUGGAGACCAAGAUGACAUCAAUAUGAAUACUUUGAAACAUAAUUGUUUCUUGUUGCUCGCUGCAUACUGCACAAAAGAGUCUGAGUAUCAGGAAGAAUUACUGAAGUUAAUAUUAGAUGAAAAUAUCUACAAUUUUAAAUAUGAUAUCCCUUGUAUAUUUCAAUGUAUAGAGUUGUUAAUAGAGUCUAAAGUUGAAAAUCCUCCUUUAGGUUUAAUUUUCUCAUUAAUGCAGCAUAUAUGCCAGAAGUUGUACAGAAAUUCAAAAGUUUCAUACGAAAUUCUUAAAGUCCUCUUAAAAAUAAUGGAUCCUCUAUGUGAGGACAGCAAUGAUAUGAAGAAGAAUUGUUUGAUCAUGAUUAAGAGUUAUUGGCAGCUUUGCGACAGUAUGUUUUAUCCACCGAAAGUAGCGGCUUUAAUAUACGAAUGUAUUACUAAGAUUGUUAUAAUAAAUCAAAAACAAUCUAUGAAUAUUGAGGAUAGUUUUGAAGAAGCUUGUAUGAACAAGGUCAAAGGCAGCGUUCAUAGUAUUCGCCUUCACUGCUGUUAUUUAAUGAAACUGAUAAACAAUUUCUGUGAGGACGAUAUCGAUGCGUUUGCAGUUCAAUUACUCGAUAUAUUUUUAACUGAUGUGUCAUCAAGAAAAGAAUCAAUAUUAAAGGACGAGUCAGCCAAUAGGACUGUCACAGUACUCCACGCUUUCGUUGCGCUUGCGCAAUCUAAGCAGUCGUCCAUACUAAGCGUGGUACUUCAAGUGAUACACUUGCAGAAACUGAAGUCAUUGGAUAAACAUUUGAUUACCAAAGUUUUAAAAAUUAUUGUCAAUACUGUGGGCAUAAAAAAUCUACAAACGUACUUGAAUAACAACAUUUUAUCUCUAGUACACUUUUGGUUUACUAAAAACAAUGAAAUUAAAGAUUUUCCAGUCUAUUUACUUGGGUUUGACAGUACAGACAGUUUUAUUGAGACACAUAUGAAGUGGCUUGUUGCGGGAGAGAUAUUGUGGCGGCAAGGAGGGAAUUUAAGAAACAGUGAAAUCUUGAAAAUUUUUGCCACGAAACAUAAGAAAUCUGUUGAAAAUGUCCUUGAGACUUGUUUCUCUAAUUUAAUGGCAUUAUGUAUGCCUUAUAUCGUCAGUGCGCAAUACGAAAUUGACUAUUACGACCCACGGAAUAGAGACGUUUUUAGAAAAUCGAAGAACAAUGCCAACAAAACUUUUCAAAUGAUGGGUGAGAUUUUAGAAAACGAAAGUUGGAGCAACCUCUUUGUUGAGAAUGUCGGGGAGCUGUUGUUAUUGGUAACAAAGUAUAUGAGCGACACUGAAGAAGCUGAGCAAAUAUUUCAAGUCAAAUUACCGAAACGCAACCCAGAACUGUAUUAUCCAAAGAGGAUUUUCUCUGCCAUUCUAAACUAUUUUGAACAUCUCACUGAUGGAAACGUACUUCAAUAUCUCUGUAAAGAUCAAACAGUAACAAUAUUUAAAAUUCUGUUCGAACUAUGGAAAUCUGUGACCCAAGAAAGUAUAUUUGAACUGAAAGUAUUGGCCCUUCAUGCAUAUGUUACUUUUAUAAGAAAUGUACCCUUGGGGCACCCUUCCGAUGCCUUUAUGUGUAACUUUGCCUGCAACAGUUUCACUCAAGCUAUUAAAAAUUGUAGCGACAAAAAAGAAAUGAAGGCAUACAUCGACGGUUUAAACCUAGUCCUUAGUUAUUUGUUACCAGAAAAAGCGAAACUUAUGCAAAAAUCUCUGUUGGAAUUGUUGCCAGCAUUGAUAAUUAAAAAAGAAUCUGAUUACGAAGUGGAGUGCACAAAAUUCUUAAAUGAUCUGAAUGCUAAGAUGAGAGUAUAUUUGAAUGAUAGUGAAGAUGUCGUUGAUUUUAUAUCAUCAAUGACGCAAGAUGAUGACUAUGUACGUUGUGCCAAUUUAGCUGUAUUUAAAGAAAAGUUAAAAACUCAUAGAAUGAGUUUGAAUCGUCCCAGCAAUGAAACUUUGCUUAAACUUCGUCAGUUUCUAAGUUGUAAUAAAGAACAUGUACGUAGCUUGUAUUGUGAUUUGGAAUCUAAGACCUUUUCCGAAGACUGUGAGACGAGUAUCAUACAUCAGAUCGUACAGUCCCUGUGUAACAUACUGAAGUCGAAUUACGAUGAUAAGAUUGUUGUGGAAGCAUCGAACUGUUUAUCAGAGAUCAGCUCAUACGACUUGAAGACAUUAGUGACAGUGCCACCUGCAAACACUAAUAUUAUGGCGGGAAAUGCAACUCGUUACUUCAUGCAAGUGGUCGGGAAAUCUCUAUUUGAUGUGUUCUUUGAUGAAGAUCCUAAUAUUACUGAUGAAAUAGCUGAGACCAUGAAUGAUCUGUUGAAGUUCUUGCAUAUUGAUGAUAUUCCAGGUUUGGAAGAAAUCGACAGAAAUGUUUUAGAACCAUUUUCGUCUCAGAAGCAAAGUGCUCUAGAUACGGUUACUGAUAGCAUGGCGUUUGAAGAAUACUGCUUAUCGUAUCCCGAGGGAGUAUUUCUCAAUUGCCUCCUGACUAAAGACAAAGCUGAUUGGUUGAAAGAGGUCACGUGCACGCUUUUGCAGUUUGUUCAUUCGUCCACUAAUUAUGUGAACAAUUUAAGGCGAGUUUGCGCGUUAAAGCCUCAUCUUUGCCGCAAUAUAUUACCGGCUCUUGUGGGCCUACUUCUGCAAGGGUUCACUGAGAGGCACAUAAAAGCCAUCAGUGAUCAUAUUAAGAAAUUUUUCAAUAACAUUUGGGAACAAACCUUUGACGAACAGUUGGAGAACAGUGGAGACAGUAACUUUAAUGCCAGGACAGAUGGCACAGUGACGCAUGGCUACAAAACUAUCAUUCAAUACAUGCUCGAAAUUGUUGAUUUUGUACGCAUACAAAGAAAUUAUUUGCAGUCAAGGCCGGGAAAUCCAAUAAAGACGUUAAAUUACCUUGAGCUCGAUUACGACAAGGUUGCAUGGGCUGCGGCAGUAGUUGAUCAAAACUGGGCUGCAGUUUACUAUGGAGAACUCUGGGCCGUCUUUCAAAAUGGCGGCGUUUCGCCAAGCUCGCCAGAGGCCACCUCUAAACUAGCUGGCGGAAAGAAUCUACAGAGAAUAUUUAGAAAGUGUUACGUAUCCAUCGGAGAAGUGGAUGCAAUCGAAGGAUGUGGCACGGAGCAUUUAACAAUGGAGAAUGAAAAACGGAAACAUCUUAUAAACACGGGGCAGUUCACAGACGCAUUACUGAUGCACGAUAUUGCGCUGUCUUGCGGCGGACAAGGCGACCAGGACUUGCACUAUGGCGUGGUCAGGUCACUGCAUAAGUCUGGCAUGCAUCAUCUUGCGUUAAGUUAUAUAAAAUCUCUACCGGAGAACGACCAGCUGAAUGAUUUCAGAUACGAGUGCUUGGCGUUUUUGGGUGACUGGAGCCAUUUCGUCGACACACGAGAAUUGUCAGAAAAACACAAGCAAGCCAAUUGUAAUCAAAACUCAGUGGUAAAAGCAUUCCAAUAUGCUUGUCUUAAGAGCUGUCUAAAUGUCCAAACUACUCCUGAAUUUGAAAAUAAACUGCUGGUACCCUUGAAUAAAGCGAAGUUAGCAGUUUCGAGAUUGUGUCACAAUUUGAAUAUGGAAAAUUGUCAGAAUAUAUAUAAAGUUUUGGAGAAACUUCAUAUAUUUAACGAUAUUGAGGAUUAUUUCUCUGUAAGGAUGAAUCGGUCUCAAGUGUCGGAGUUGCUUCGGCAGUGGGACGUAGAUAACUUGCCGCCGUUCAUUGACUUCAAGCACAUCGAGGGGCUGUCCUCACAGCGAGUGCUGAUACUGGAGCACGCUGCCAGGUCUUAUAGCGACAAGUUAAACGAAAUAGUGUCUCUGCAAAUACAGUAUGCCCAAAUGGCUCUAAACAACCGCAGGGUACAGAUGGCACAGCGCUUGCUAGCAGUUGCCAAGAAAUGUAAGGUGUCUGAAGAUGUGACACUGGUGGAGAGUGAGAUAGCAUGGGCUAAGGGCCACAAAGAAAUCGCGCUGUCCCUCCUUCGCAAUAUUGUCACCAAUCACACGCUGGAUGCUAAACUCGCAGCUAUGUCGUUACGCCGUUACGCGCUGUGGAUGGCCGAAUCGAAGCGCGACAACCCUCGAGAGAUAAUACACAAAUAUUUGCAAAAAAGUCUAGACGUAUUGGGUACUGAGAAUGUUGAAGUCCGACUGAAAGUCUAUUACGAUAUUGCAAAGUUCGCCGACGCUGAGUACAAACAGGUGGUAGCUUACAUGAGCUCUUCAACAUACGAAAACAGAGUCAAAUGCUUGGAAAAUAUGAAAGGGACGGCAUCAUCAUUAGGCAAUAAAUCUGCCAAGUUGCUAACAAAGGAAGAAGGAAGAGCCUUACUUACAAACAGAAAGUUCAAAGAGCUUGAUGAAGCUGAAAUAGCAAACGCGCAAGUUGAAAAAGAUAACUUCCUGCAGUUAGCUAUGAGAUAUUAUCUGCUGUCAUUAAAGCAGUGUGAUGAGAACAACUUGUCAGUGUUUCGUGUGAUAUCUCUGUGGUUGGCCAACCAGGACUUUGAAUUUGACGCUGGGAAGGAAAAGUUUGAAGAACUUAUUAAUAUGAUACCGUCUUGGAAAUUCGUCACCGUACUGCCACAACUUACACCAAGACUCACUGAUGAGGAUACACCGUUCAUCACGAUUUUGAAAAAUAUUAUAAAACGAUGUGCAGUUGACCACCCGCAUCAUACAUUACCUAUCCUUUUCGGAAUAAAGAAUUCAGACAAGGACAACGUGAUAAUGAAUGCUAGUGGGCGUGGCCCGGCGAGUGGGCGGGGCAGAGAACAACAGCCGCGUGUAGUGGCCGCGCAGGCCCUCGUACAGGGGCUGCGUACGCGCAGCGAACAACUAAACGUCAUUAUUACGCAAAUGGAGAAGAUGUGUGACGCUAUAAUCAGUUUUGCUAACUACGUGCCGACGGCAAAGAAGAAGAAGCAGCCGAUUCCCAGCGCAGAGAACAUACUUAAACUGCGAGACCUGCUCAAGGUCCCAGUGCCUACCGUCACCCUGCCCAUAUUUAAACACUGCAACUAUGAGGAUAUUCACACUCUACGUGCAUUUGAUAACAACUUCGAGCUUGUUGGCGGUGUUAACUGUCCAAAGAAAAUAAACUGCCAAGAUAAUACUGGAAGAAAUCACAUUUUACUAAUAAAGGGUGGAGAUGAUUUAAAACAAGAUGCAGUAAUGCAACAAGUAUUCACUAUUGUGAAUACUUUACUGGAGAAAAAUCCUGUGACUAAUAAAAAUAAAUUGCAUAUUAGGACUUACAAGGUGGUGCCCAUGUCUCGACUGUCGGGAGUUCUGGAAUGGUGUGAAGGCACGAUACCUAUGGGCAUGUAUCUAGUUGGCUUGGAAAAAAAUAGCGGUGCACAUGCCCGUUAUAGGCCUCAGGAUAUUUCUUGUGAAGCCGCUCGUAGCAAAAUGAUUGAGUCUGCGAACGACAGCCACGAGUCAAAGUUGAAUGUGUACAAUAAGAUAGUGAAGUCCUUCAAACCCGUGUUCCACUAUUUCUUCACCGAACGGUAUCUUGAUCCGGUCACGUGGUAUGAGAGGAGAUUGGCCUACACAAAGAGUGUCGCGACCUCUUCCAUGGUUGGCUACAUCCUUGGACUUGGCGAUCGACAUGUGUUCAACAUUUUAAUUGACAGUAGGACGGCUGAAGUGAUCCAUAUCGAUUUAGGCAUUGCUUUUGACCAAGGAAAGACUUUGCGCACUCCUGAGACUGUGCCGUUCCGGUUGACCCGCGAUAUCAUUGCCGGCUUCGGAUGCAGUGGUACCGAAGGAAUAUUUAGAAGGUGCUGCGAAAAGACAAUGCAAUUACUUAGAGAUAAUCAAGAGACAUUGCUAACAAUACUAGAAGUUUUGUUAUGUGAUCCUCUAUACUCGUGGUCUGUUAAAACUGCGCAACAAAAUGCUCCUACUUCAAGCAGAAAUACCAGUACAGUCUGUGAUACCGGCACUCCCAGCGGCCUAGCAAAGCGAGCGCUGCUGGUAGUGACGAGCAAGCUGAGUGGAACCGAAGACGGCGUGGCGGGCGGCGUGGCGGUAGCAGGGCAGGUGGCGCGCCUUCUACACAUUGCCACAGAUCCGUUCAACUUAUGUCGUCUGUUCCACGGCUGGCAACCCUAUUUGUAAUCGUUAUUGUAUCUUAUUAUAUUAUUUUUUUAAUUAUAUUAUUAUUGUAAAUUGUUUCAUUUGAUUCUUAGAAUACAGAACAAACCAGAAUCCGCGUCCACUCAUUGUUGUGUGUCAACUAAUCAGCCGCACCCCGCGUAGUAUUGCCGACAAUGGAACAAGUCCCAUGUUUUGGGGUAAUUUUAAAA